UUCCUCGUCUCCAUAAACCCGAGCUCCAACCCUGAUCUGCACAAAUUUCUAACGCACGUGAUCGGCUUCGACAGUGUGGACGACGAGUCGAAGCCGGAGAACCCUAUCUUGGUGGAGAGCAUGAAGUCACCGGAAAAGUGGGAUGAUGAGGAGAAUCCGCCCUACGCCUACUACCUGUACUUGUACGCCAACAUGACCAUUCUCAAUCACAUCAGAAAAGAGCAAGGCUUAAAUACGUUUGUGCUUCGUCCCCAUUGUGGCGAGGCGGGACCAGCCACGCAUCUCAGCGCCGGUUUCCUGCUCUCUGAGAAUAUUUCUCACGGGCUGAUGUUAAGGAAGGUCCCGGUGCUGCAGUACAUGUACUACCUGGCACAGAUCUACAUCGCGAUGUCCCCGCUCAGCAACAACUCGCUGUUCCUGCGCUACCACCGCAACCCGCUGCACUUCUUCGCGCGCGGCCUGCGGGUCACGCUCAGUACUGACGACCCGCUGCAGUUCCAUUUUACUAAGGAGCCGCUGAUGGAGGAGUAUAGUAUCGCAGCGCAGGCGUGGAAGUUAAGCUCAUGUGACAUGUGCGAGUUGGCCAGGAACUCCGUGCUUAUGUCCGGGUUCCCGCACGAGAUGAAGCAGCACUGGCUGGGGCCGGAGUACCUGAACGAGGGUCCGGAGGGCAACGACAUCACGCAGACCAACGUGCCCGACGUGCGCAUCUCAUACCGCCACGAGACGCUCAUGGACGAGCUGGGGAACCUCUUCAGGGCUCCAGUCUAGCACGACGAGGGGAAAACAUUUAUAAAACAUCUGUAAAUUGAAUAUUUAGGUCCAGUAUACACAAUAGUCGCGGCACUAUCCUAUUAUCAAUGUACAUA